CGCAAAGACCGUGGAUAGACAAGUCUUUGUGAACUGACGCUGAACUGCUACCCUCGCAACGCAAGGUGAGAGCGUUUUCACGUCGCUGGGAGUUUAGAUGUUUUGCUUGACAUGUCCACUGUUACUGUGGGUUGCACGUGGCUGUGCAGUUGUAAUUACUCCUUUAUAGGAGUUGCUACCUUUUCAACAUGACUUUUUCGCCACAGCCAUUUGGGCUGGAUAUUCAAAAACUGUGCGAGAACCUGUCACAUCAGCAUUGCAAUGGCUUUGCUGAAGUCCAUCGCACUCCUCGCACUUUCGUUCGGCAAGGUAUGGUCUUUGGCACCAGGAGAUUGUGCUUUCGUUGGCAUCUAUGGCGAGAAGGAUGACUUUGCCAUCCUCUUGAUGGAGGAUGCUGAUGGUGAGCAGAUCUCCCUGACUGACGGGAAUUUCAAAGACAAGGACUAUCAGAACAGCCAGCGUGCCCAAGCCAAAGCCCAUGUGAAGGAUGCUGUGAAGGGAACAGUCUUGAGGAAGUCUGACUUCCAGACGGAAGAUGGCUGGUCCUUCGCUGCUCCUUUGGCCCUCACCGUCUUCAAGGGAAGCCCAUCGUCCCCCACGGCCUUGUGUGGUGUCAGCUUGGAUGGGAAAGCUGGCAACAUGAUGGCUCGCAGGUUGGAUGAUGAGGUGGCCGCCCUGAAUCUGGGUGAAACUGAGACCGCCCAAUAUGCUGGUUUGAUGGUUGGCAGCAAGGAAGAGCUCUUGGACGGCAUCAGCAACCCAAUGAACUGGUUGCGAGAUGCAGGAGCUCUUCGCAAACUCUCGAGCUUCAGCAUCGCAAUGGGCCAAAACAGCACCACCAGCAUGACCACGAGCUCCAUGCCGGACAACACCACAGAGACGACUGAGACCACCAGCAUGGGUACCACAGAGGAAGACGAUGGUGCAGUGCAUGCGUCUGCUUGUGGCUUGAUCCUCGCUUUGGCGCCGUGGUUUUGGUAAAGCAAAUCAUUGAGAAGUUCUGAGUGUCAGACUGCCGAAGCUUUGAGUGAAGAGGUGUUGGUCAGUGUCUAUAGGGCCUAGGGAUUCUUGGCAGCAAAGACUUCCAAGACCCAGUCUACCUUAUUUUUGAAGACUAAUCUUACGAAUCUUAGGGGAUCAUUGGAUCUUUCCAGUUUGUUUCUUUUUUUCGUGGCCUAUGAGGUGGAUAGUUGAAAUUCGAUCGGCUUGCCAGAGCCCACAUGCUAGGGAUAGUGUUGGUGUCGAAUGGCCUGGGUGGGGCAAGCUAAGCGUG